AUGGCGCGCUGGACCAUCAAAGGGCUCCAAGAUGGUGUAGAUUAUGCUAUGCAUGGCAUUCGCUUGGUGCUACAGAAUCCUAAUCUUCGUACUCAUAAAUACUUGCGUAUUGUUCUGUACUUGUCUGCGUUGUCGUUCAUUAUAUAUCUUGUCAGCAACGUUCUUGUCGGCAUAGUGCUCUUCAUCGCGCAAAUAGCGAUUUGGCUGACUUCUUCGAAAGAUGAGAUUCACAUGGCCGAACUCAUCACAACAACAAGACAAAACAUUCGGGAUGUCAUCGUUAUGGUGCCUUUGGUGGGAUUAAUGCUCAUGCGCUAUGUCUAUCCGAAACCGCUCGAUGACCUGUUUAUGGAGUCACUCAGAUAUAUUGAUUCCCAGCAUCCAGACCGAGCCCCGUAUGCGCCGGCUUUCCAGAAGCGCAAUUACCGCAAAGAAAUUUGGCCGCAAAUGAAGGGUUACAUGAAACGCAUGUGGAAGAAUUUACGCCUUGGCUUGGUGAUUUAUGCCCUGUCCUUUAUGCCCAUUGUCGGCCCCUACGUUUUCCCCGCGGCUGCUGCCUAUGCUACUUAUCGGUCCCUUGGCAACACCCAAGCGGUGGUGGUCGGUAUCUGUUUUCUCUUUUUACCACAAGGGGCGACCAAGACUUUGGUACGUGCUUUAAUUGGCAUGCGUACUUUGAUGCGCGAGUUGCUCGAACCUUACUUUGCUCGGAUGGGGAUGAGUCAUAAAGAAAAGCUGAGAUGGUUCAGUGGACGGAAGGAUGUGCUGUUUGGAUUUUCGGCCAUCGCUUAUAUCCUUGUUCGCAUACCCUUUGUUGGCGUCAUUGGCUACGGCAUUUCACAAGCCGCCGCGGCGUAUAUGCUAACGGCUGUCAUUGACCCUCCUCCCGCUGAAGACGCGAAACAAUCAGAACAACAGCAACAUAUUGAUCAGCUGAACAUCAGCGAAAAGAAAGCCAAUUAA